AUGACGCAGGCGUGGAACAGGAUGCGCAACAAUCGCUCGCAAGACUACGCUCCGCUCCCAAUGAGCGAGAAGGAGCCGUCUUCAAACAGAUCUCGACGCGAACAGCGACCGAAGGGCUUUGGACGUCGGGUCCUUCUUGUGGUUGGCGCAUGCGUAGUCCUGUAUUGUGUCCAUGGUCUCUUCACUUUCUCUCGUCCCAAGAAGUCGUGCGACACCAUCGACGAAGGCUACCGAUGUAGUCCCAAGAAAUCGCACUUUUGGGGCCAAUACUCGCUUUGGUAUUCGGUCCCCUCAGACAUCGACGUAGCUCCUCCCAAGGGCUGUGAAGUCACGUUUGCGAACGUCCUCUCCCGCCACGGCGGUCGCGACCCAACACUGGGCAAAUCGAUCGCGUACCACAUUCUCCUAGCCGAAAUACAGAACACAACUACAUCGUACCCCAAGGAAUUCGAGUUCCUUAAGGAUUAUGACUAUACCCUGGGUGCGGAUGAGUUGACAGAUGCCGGAAGGCAGGAGAUGGUCAACUCGGGGGCCCACUUCCACCAACGCUACCAGAAGCUGAUCAACGGGAACGUACCCUUCGUGCGGUCAGGGGGCCAGCAUCGCGUGGUCGAAUCAGCGGAAAAGUGGCUUAUGGGCGUUGCGCAGUCGCUGAAAGAGGAGCCGCGAAACAUCGACGUGGUGAUCCCAGAAGGCCCGACAUGGAACAACACCCUCUCCCACGACGUCUGUCCCGCCUUCGAGGGCGGCCCACACCACGGUCUCGGACUCAGGGCGCAGCAGGUCUGGGCCGACAAGUUCGUCCCACCCAUUCAAGAACGCAUCAACUCAGCUCUUGGAACGAACCUCAGCGCGACGUCUAUAAUCUACCUGAUGGACAUGUGUCCCUUCGAUACACUAGCGCACCCGUCUGCAAAGCUGUCCGACUUCUGCAAGAUCUUCAAGGUGAAGGAAUGGCGCGAGUAUGACUACUUCCAGACGCUGGGCAAGUACUACGGAUACAGCGUCGGCAACCCGCUCGGUCCCACGCAGGGCGUCGGCUACGUCAACGAGCUGUUGGCGCGUCUGACUAACAAGCCUGUCGACGACAACACCAACACGAACCGCACGCUCGACUCCGAUCCCAAGACGUUCCCGCUCGACCGCAAGGUGUACGCCGACUUCAGCCACGACAACGACAUCAGCGGUGUUCUGGCUGCGCUUGGUCUAUACAACAAAACAAAGCCGCUGUCCAACACCACAAUUGAGGAUACAAAGAAGACGCAUGGCUACUCAGCAGCGUGGAGCGUGCCUUUCGCAGCCCGACUCUACGUGGAGAAGCUGCAAUGCAGGCAUGCGAAGGAAGAGUCGGUCCGUGUCAUUGUGAACGACCGCGUACACCCAUUGGAGUUUUGCGGCGGCGACAAGUUCGGAAGGUGUACGUUGAGUAAAUUUGUGGAGAGCCAGAGCUUUGCGAGGAGUGGUGGUCUUUGGGACCAGUGUUACGAGUAG